CCAUCUUCUUAUCUUUUAUAAAUUAAAUUAAACCCCUACUUGGUAAGUCGACGACUAUGGACGACGACGAUCAGCUCGAAAAACUCGAGCAGCGAACAAACUGGGACGGCUGGCGGAUCGUCAAAUACCAAGGGUUUUGGUGCCCGCUGCCUUUUUUCCGAGCAGCGCUAUCCGCUCAAAAGUACUUCAAAGCAAAAGAUUCCGACAUUAUACUUUCGUCACUUCCUAAAUCUGGAACCACCUGGUUGAAAGCCCUCGCUUUUUCCGUCGCUAAUCGCAGUACUUACAUGAGCAACAUCGAUACUACUCAAAUUAGCCCUUUGCUCACUAGCAAUCCUCACAAAGUCGUCCCUCAUCUCGAGCUAAACCUUUAUCUAAACCAAGAAAAUCCCGAUCUCGAACAAACUAGCGCUCCGAGGAUCUUUUCGACACACAUGCCUUUCCAUGCCCUCCCCAAUUCCAUCCCUAAAUCCGGGUGCAAGAUUAUCUACAUCUGCAGAAACCCUAUGGACCAGUUCAUCUCGUUCCGCCAUUUCUCGCUCGACAACAAGUUCGGAGAAGAAGAUCGCCAUGGGGGCCCUGUUGAGUUGGACGAGGCUUUCGACAUGUUCUGCGACGGGGUCCAUCUGUACGGCCCGUUUUACGAGCAUAUAACUGGAUACUGGGAUGCGCACUUGAAGAAUCCCGACAAGGUGUUGUUCCUCAAGUACGAGGAUUUGAAAGACGACAUCGGCCUUCAUGUAAGGAAGAUUGCCGAGUUUAUGGGGUGCCCUUUCUCUCAGGAGGAAGAAGAACGGGGUUUGGUGGAGGAAAUAUGUAGGGUUUGCAGCUUCGAUAACCUCAAGAAUUUGGAGGUGAACAAGAGUGGGUCUUUUAAUGGUAGAGUGAAGAACAGUUCAUUCUUUAGGAAAGGAGAAGUUGGUGAUUGGGCGAAUCAUCUUACUCCCGCCAUGGCUGAAAGAAUGGACAAGUUGAUCAACACUAAACUUGAGGGCUCUGGUUUAACACUACGUACACAUCAACACCAAAAAGCUACCUGAAGAUGAAGAUGAAGAUGAAGAUUAAUUAAUUAAGCUACUAUAUAUAUUGAACUAUAUGCUUUUAAUUCUCUCUAUCAUGUAUUGUAAUUUACAGUGUUGUUUGUAUUUAUGUUUUCAGUGUGUGUGUGUGUGUGUUCAUUACAAAUAAACGAACCCUAUAUAUCAUGGGUUCUUUCUUGUUUCCGGAUUCAAUAUGUUGAACUAUAGUUUUUAC